UAUUAAUGACCAUGUAGCCCACUUCACUAUAAUUGACUAGUGAGUCAAUUCCCUCCAGCUGCCGGCCAUCUAAUAUUUAUUUUUCCUCCAUGAUCAACGUCAACCUCCUCGUUAUCAUAAUCCUUUCCCUUUCAAAGGAUAAAACAGACGUAAACUACAAUAAUAAGCCACCACCUCUCCCCUCUAUCAACAAUAAUAAUAGAUAUUCACUAGGAAAUUAAGGAUCAGUUUAGUUUUGCAGUCAAGAAGAAGAAGAAAGACGAUGAUCAAGAAGCUGCAGGCUCUGCUGGGGAAAUCAUUCAAGGCGUCGAGGUACAAAACGCUGUCGGAUCUGGUGAUCUCGAGGAUCGCGUACCUCGAGAGACAACACAAAGCACGCUGCUCCCAAGCCAGAGACGACGUCGCUCAGCUCCUCGCCCAAGGCCACCUCGACCGCGCUCUCCUUCGUGUGGAACACGCGAUCAGGGAGCAGAACGUGCUGGAUUCAUACGCCAUGAUUGAGAACUACUGCCAUCUCAUCUCCGAGAGGCUCAUCGUCGUUGAAACCCAUUCCAAGGAAUGCCCCGAGGAGCUGAAAGAAGCAAUAUCGAGCUUGAUCUUUGCAGCGGCCAGGUGUGGGGAUUUACCUGAGCUGCAAGAGAUGAAGCGGCUGUUCACUUCCAGAUAUGGCAAGGAGUUUACAGCUCGUGCCACUGAGCUCCGCAACCACUGUGGUGUUCAUCCUGGGAUGGCGAAUAAGCUGUCGACGAGGCAACCAAGUUUGGAGAGCAAAAUCAAAGCGCUGAAGGAAAUAGCUCCAAAGAGUGAACUCAUCACUCAAAUAGAAGAAGCGGCCGUCUCCACAACAAACCCUAAACCAGCUGUAGCCAACCAUCGUCAUCAUCAUCAUCAUCAUCAUCUUCAGUCUCCUAAAUCACUCAACACUCCUCCUCCACACCAUCCCAACAACAAGUACAAGGAUUUCGAGACGGCAGCACACGCAGCGUUCGAGCUGUCGGCUCAGGCAGCCACCGCGGCUCGAGCUGCCAUGGAGCUGUCUCGUCCGCCUGCUAGUGGCGGUUCGAGCUCGGAUACCAAUGGUGGUAGUGGAACAUUGGUGAUGUUGGGGAGAAGUAGUAGCAGUAGUACUGGGAAGUCGACUAGGUUUGCUGCAUCUAAGGACUAUGUUCCCAAGCUAUUCAACAGGAGUGCUAGUGUCACAAUGCUCGAUCGUCGCCCUCCAAAUAUUGGGAGGUGAUGUUGUUUCUGUUAAGUAUAUUAAUUGAAGUAUGUAUGUGUUUGCGAUAAUAAGGUGGGUUUGCGCUCUAGCUGGCUCGAGCUUUGGUGUAUAGUAAGGGAGAGGUUUGUUUGCAUGUAUAUUGGAGUGGUGUGGUACGAUUAGGCAGGCACGACGAGUCACACGACAUAUAUAGGACAAUCGCCAUUGAAGAUAUUUGCGCGUAAGAACACCUAUAUAUCAAAGUACUUGGGAGUCGUUUAUAUGAGUCAUUUUGAAAAAUAAGUCGUUUGGUCAAAAUGUAGACAUUCGCAAAUUUAUUGUUUGUUGAAAAGUUCUUUUAUGGACAUUUAUAAAUGGGUUGUUGUAUAUAAUGUUACAAUUUUGCACUUACAUGUAAUAAUGUUUCAUUAUCUUC